AGAGACGGCUGUGUACCUUGGCUUUCAACACCAACACAUUUCAACAUUCACUCACAAAGCCGAGAAGUGUCCACUCUCAUAAGUACAAAUUCUUCAAAAUGUCAGACAACCCGCCACCAGAAUGGGUGCCCUCAUCAUCUCCAUCACCCUCCAACGCCUCACCCAUGCCUCUCGCCGAUAAUGAAGGACCAGGCAGCGGCGCUGCAUCUCCAAACUUACCACUCACUAUGUCCGCCUCAGUGGUGCUGGCUGAUCUACCACGGGAUGCGAGCGCCGCACUUGCAACUGCUGGAGCCUUCAAGGCAGACAAGGUUGUAGUGCGAUUUAAGCCCGUGGGGUCUGCUCCGUUGUUGGCGCAAGAUGUGUGCAAGAUUAGCGCGACAAGGCGCUUUGAAGAGGUUGUGAGAUAUCUCAGGAAGAAGCUGAGGUGCAAAGAGACAGAUAGUGUCUUCUUGUACGUCAACAGUGCCUUUGCGCCGUCUUUGGACGAGGUUGUGGGUAACCUACAUCAGUGCUUUAAAAAUGCCCACGGUCAACUUGUGGUUGCCUACUCUCUCACUCCUGCUUUCGGAUGAUGCUAAAAAGGCUGAAUUCUUCUAUCUGGAUAUACGAAAGGCUAUGACAUCUACUCAACCCAAACUCCGAGCUAUGCGACCUCUA